CGUGCCCCUGCGGGCCGGCGGCGCGGGGAUGGGCGCGGGGCUGUGAGGGCGGCGUGAGCCGUGGCCAUGGGGAACAUCUCCUCCAACAUCUCCGCCUUCCAGUCCCUGCACAUCGUCAUGCUGGGCCUGGACUCGGCGGGGAAGACCACGGUGCUGUACCGGUUGAAGUUCAACGAGUUCGUCAACACCGUGCCCACCAUCGGUUUCAACACGGAGAAGAUCCGGCUGAGCAACGGGACGGCCAAAGGCAUCAGUUGCCACUUUUGGGACGUGGGUGGGCAGGAGAAGCUGCGCCCGCUCUGGAAGUCCUACAGCCGCUGCACCGAUGGCAUCAUCUACGUGGUGGACUCGGUGGACGUGGACCGGCUGGAGGAGGCCAAAACAGAGCUGCACAAGGUGACCAAGUUCGCCGAGAACCAAGGUACCCCGCUGCUGGUCAUCGCCAACAAGCAGGACCUGCCCAAGUCCCUGCCGGUGGCCGAGAUCGAGAAGCAGCUGGCCCUCCACGAGCUGACCCCUUCCACCACCUACCACAUCCAGCCCGCCUGCGCCAUCAUCGGCGAGGGGCUCACGGAGGGCAUGGACAAGCUCUACGAGAUGAUCCUCAAGCGGAGGAAGUCCCUCAAGCAGAAGAAGAAGCGGUAGAAGCCCCGCGGACGCGGAGAGGGAUGGGGAAGCAGACAAAGGAACCGAGGGGGAGAGAGAACCAAAGCGAUUCUUUUGGGUUUAAUCGUUAUUAUUAUUAUUUUUUCCUCUUUUUUCUCCCCCCGCCCCCCCUUUCCAAAUGAAAAGACAAUAGUGGUGACAACAAAGCCGCUCCCGCCAGCCAAGCCCACAUCCCGGCUGCGGGCGAGAGCCGGGAUCUCCCCUCUCCCACCGCCCCUUGCCGCGGACCACCGUCCUCCCAAGGGCCGGAUCCGGAUCUCCUGGGGCCCCUGGGCCGGGCUGGAGACGUGCUACCGGGCCGAGACCCCCUUCCGUCCUUCAAGACCACCGAGCUUUUUUUGUGUGCCGGGGGCGAACAGGGCAGGACC